AUGGACUCAGACUCAACUUACGUGGAAGAUGUCGAGCAUGUCGCAUCCUCACCGGCCCCUGAUCGCAUUCUGCUUUCAUCGCCACCUCACAUCACGCAGUCGCACCCACAAAAAGCCAUCACAUCCUCAAGAGCCACCUCGACAUCACAGCGGAUAGUGCCGUCGUUGAUAUCGGGGACUCCGCACGCCCAAGGCCAAGACAGUCAAACCUACUUCCGACGACCUAAUCGUUACUUUGGCCACGCAUCGACAUGGCUCUCCUGGACGAGGGAGGAAAGAACUACGGUCCUCAGUCUCGAUCGUGUGCGAAGCCAGGAUCUGAGCACCCAUCUGUUCAGCGCGUUCGGGCUUAAACGAAAAGCGCGGGCAGUGGCUGGGAGAGAGACCAAGCGGCGUAGAAAGGGCAAGGAGCGAGCCUCGUCCGCUGCACCGUCUGGGGCUGGAGAUGAUACCGAUUCCGUUGCCGCAGCCCGGCUGCAGGGCAGCGACAGCAGGUUUAGGCUAUCCAGGUCGUGGACUGCUUGGCCGAUGCAUCCGGACCAGGUGCCCAGAGAGGAGUUACUUCCGUGCCUGUACCAGGAUGGCAUACGUCGUGCGCACGUCGAUUUCAGGCCCAGUGCUCACCUGGAAGAAUGGCUGGUCGCGACAGCUACGAGACUUGCACGAGAAAGAUGGAGCACGAGAGAACGGGAAACGGAGGACAAGUCGACCGCUACGAACAUCGAACACGAUUAUGAUGCCGCCGAAACGCUAGAGACAGUGGAGCACGACCAAGGGGAAGAUAGUCGAGACUUUGAAGUUGAGGAUGCUAGUCCUCCGUCAGGGCAACUUGGCGAUGAUCCGAUAUUCUACUCCCAGCCAUUCGUCUUCGAGGACGAUGAUGACGACGCCGCGGAAGGCAAUGGCCGGUCUACGAAACUUGAAGGCGAACCAAGCGACGACGAGGCCACCGAACCGGAUGGCCGCCCUGUUGCGCUCGCCGACGACGAUAAAGCCCGCCAAUACUUCCUUCCCAGCGCUCGACACAUUCUUUCCAAUCUCGACGACCUGCUUCUUGGCCUGCAUAAGGCGAGGUACACCUACGCGGCCAAACCCCAAGGAAGGGCAAGGGGCAGAUACUCCAAUUCACAGACGCCAGAGGAAAGCUCGACCCGAGGGAGGAGUUCUUCACGAGCAGCAUCGAGACGAAGAGUCCGUUCCUCGUCCGCUACUAGCGACGUGUCGGGCAUAUCAACCGCGUCCGCCUUCCAAGGUAAACGCUCGCGCCGAGUCGAGAGCCUCGGGUUGAGAGAUUGGAGUGACAUCAUGGGCAUGGCGAGCCUGACGGGCUGGGACCCGGCAAUCGUCGAGAAGGCGAGUGAACGCUGCGCGAAGCUGUUUGGGGAGAACAUGCUGUUCCGCACGUUCCACGAGGGUCGAGACAAGGACAGAGCCACGCCAUGUUUCACGGAGAAUCUGGCCGACCAGACGGAGGACAUAGCGUCAUUCAGCGAAGAGGAAGCACCUGUGUCAGAAACGGACAAAGGUGAGGUCGUCGUCGUCCGCACUUCGAGGCCAUGUACAGCAUGUCAAGAAUCACGAUUACAGUGCCACCCGGCGGAUGAUCGAGCUGGGGCUUCAAGGCCCUGCAAAUCCUGCCUCGACAACGACACGCCGUGUUCAGGGAUCAGAGUCUCCAUUAUAGAGCGAGCACGGGUCUGCCCGCACCGUUCCUGCCCCCGGCACACCAUCCCCUUCCGUAAGCGGUACCACCUCCAGCGACAUCUGGACAGUGUGCACAAACGGGUGUGGCUGACCCGGUCGGCGUCCCGAUCACAGUCUCGGGCUGCAAGCGCGCCUUCCAGUGGCAUCAACGCCUACAGUGGCUCCGACACAGAGUCCGACGUGUCUUCCAGGUCUGGCAGCCAUAAUUCAGCCCAGAUUGUGUGCCCGAUCGAGGGCUGCCCACGGACUACUCGCCCUUUUUCGAAAGGGAAGAAGCUAUACGAGCAUGUCCGACGGAUGCACUCUGAGGUGGACGUUAAUGAAGUCAAGAGACGAGAGGCAAGAAAGCGCAGUGCGAGGAGAGGCAGACGGCGCGAUGAGAGGGCAAACAGGAGUAAAAGUCGCGAGCAGAUGAGGAAGGCAGCCGUGGACGAAGAAGUAGAAGUUGAGGAGGAUGAAGAUGAAGGUGAAGAUUGA